GGGACGGCUGACUUGCCUUGGGACGCUAGAGUUCUUUAACGUGGGUCGAGAGAAGGGUCGGCGAAUUGGAGAGCUUGGAAGCUUGAAGAACCUCAAAGGCAAAUUGGAGAUACGCAAUCUGGAACUAGUAAAGGAUAAGAAAGGAGCUGAGGAAGCAAAACUAUCUGAAAAGGCAAAUCUAUUUAGGCUGGAACUUGAGUGGGCAGAUGAUCGAGAAGGCGACAAUUACAACGACAAAAAUGUGUUAGACAGCCUUCGACCCCACCCAAAUUUGGAGGAGUUGGUAAUUUGGAAUUUUAUGGGUGAUCAAUUUCCUCGAUGGUUAAUGGAUUUGCCAACAACAACAACAAUCCCCAAGUUAGCAACAACACUCCCCAAGUUAGCGCGUUUGGAAUUUAAUUGCUGCAACAGAUGCAGAGAACUCCAUCCCCUACAAAACUUUACGUCUCUUAAAGAGCUGGAGAUUUAUAAGUGAUGGGUUAACGAAUCUGCCCGGUGACAUGCUACACUCUUGUGCCUCUCUCCAGAAGCUUGAGGUGAGUGGGUGCGACAAUCUUAUCUCCUUUCCGCUUGAUUUGCAACAAACGCCUUCUCUCUCGGAGCUGAAAUUAUUGGGGUGUCCCAAACUGAAAACAAGCAUGACGCCCAAAGGAUUUGGUUUCCUAACCAGCUUAAGGGAGCUUGAAAUUGGUCCCUUCUCAGAUGAUGGUGAUGAUCAUGAAAAUUCUUCAAUUUACAAUGAGUUUGAUUGGUCUGGAUUGAUAUCCUCCUCCUCCUCCUCUUCGUCAUCCGCACUCCGUGAAUUAGAAUUAUAUGGGUUGUCACACAUGGAGUCCCUGCCCCCUCAGAUCCAAUACUUGACCACUCUGAUGUCACUAUGGCUACACGACUUUGGAGGUAUAAAAGCUCUGCCAGAUUGGUUCGGAAACUUCGCUACUCUUGAAGCGCUGCGGUUAACUGGUUUCAAAGGGCUUCGACAUUUACCCUCUGAGGAUGCCAUGAGAAGUCUCACCAAACUAAAACGUCUGCAGGUCCAUGGUUCUCCUCUGUUAAAAGAAAGAUGCACUCCUGGGAGCAGCGGCCUCGACUCCCAGUGGUCCAAAGUUUCUCACAUUCAAGACCUAGACAUAACCGAUUAAUAACCAACUUUCAUCUUCAGAUCAAAUUCAAUCAUACAAUGGUCAAUUGAGGAGUUUUCGCAGCUGUUGGUCAUCACUUUCAUGUUUUGGUUCAAAAAUUCUGGUAAUUUUAGAUAUGCUUCUCUUCUUUCACUACUCAAUUUUGACUUCUAACCACUUUAAUAACUAAUAUAUUACGUAUGAAA